CCUUCACCUCGCUCCUUCAUCCGUGAUCCGUGAUCCUCAUCAGCCCCAUAUGUGCAGCGCUUUGGCUUGGAGUGACACCUGAAUGAAUGCCUGCUUCCUGCCCGCCGUCCACGCCGAACGAAUUGCCGACUCACGAUCGCUGAUGCUCAGAUCAGCUAGGCGCUUGGAUGUCUCGUUGAAAGAAGACGCGUGCAGUUCGACUCGUUCCUACCUUCCCACUUCCACACUGCUACAAGGGUCGGUGUGCAAGAUAACACCAGCCCUUCACACCCGGACGACUAAUCACCAACAUCGCUACACACGACCAAUCGAGGUACCAGCAUUCCCCCUCUGCACCUGGACAGUCCCCGAAGUAAAGCUAUGGUCCACAUCCAGUCCACGACUCAAGAUGGUACAGAUUCUGACCAUGGCGCAGCUGCAAGCUUCAGCUCCAGCAGCCCAGCCGUAGGAGCAUCUUCGCGCAAAGCUGCUCAGGCUGCACUGAGGAGCUCUCUGGAGUCGGACAGAUCGUACGAUGAUGGUGACUACGAUGGAGAUGAAGAGGCCCGCCUAUUCGCCGGGCACGAUACGCCUCAUCAGGAAGCGGCUGGCACGACUUCCAAAAGGCAUUCGACGCAGGGGCCGAUCCUCUACGAUGCGGCUGAUGAGCAAGAUGGCAAUGAACAGGUUGGACAUGCGCACACACCAUCCGGUCACGAGUCUGAUGUGCACCGUUUCGAAGAUAGGAGAGAGACGGGGGGUUGGACCACCAGACUCAAAGGCAGAGGCCCCGUGGCAAGAGCGUGGGAGAUCGCAAGAGAAGCGUUGCCCACUCUGGUCCUUUCAGUGUUCAGCUUGAUGUUUGCAGGCGAGCUGCUAGUCCACAUUGCGAGAUGGCCAGUCUUUGUAAAGGUCGACAAGCUCUUCAUCCUCGUGCCUAUCCUGCUGAACCUCAAAGGGAACCUGGAGAUGAAUUUGUCGCUGCGCAUGUCCACUUCCGCAAAUAUUGGAGAGCUGGAUGUCCGUCGAACGCGACAAACACUCAUUCUAGGAAAUAUGAGCUUGUUGCAGGUGCAAGCUCUGAUUGUCAGCUCCUUUGCUGGUAUCUUGGCAUUCGUGCUCGGCGUCAUCACUCCUGAAGCAGCGCCAGAGGGCAACAAUGGCGGACCAGCGUCAUCGAAGCAGAUGCUCGCUCUGCGUUUCGCGCAGAAGGUCCUACGUAGUGGAGGAACAAAACGAGCUGCUCUUGAAGAUCGACUCUCGCCACGCCGCAUCAUUCACCAUCAUCCAAAGCCAGUCGUGGACCCAGCUUUGCGACUGCGCAACGGCUACUUCGAGUUUGUCUUGGUCAUAGCGACAGGCAUGCUUUCCGCAUCGCUAUCCUCUGCCAUCCUGGGCUCCUUCAUGUGCGCUCUCGUGGUAGUCACUCGCCAACUGGGUGGCAAUCCGGACAAUAUCGCUUCCCCUCUCGCAGCUUCGCUGGGCGAUCUUCUCACGUUGACUAUCCUCGGCCUUCUCGCUUCACUACUUGUGCAUUUUGAAGGGACGAUCUUGGCGACGCUGAUUCUCGUUGGACUGCUCGUCGCCUGCGGUUCCUGCUUUGUCGCGACCUACCGCAACGCCUACGUUCGGGAACUGCUGUCCAGUGGGUGGGUGCCUCUCAUUGUAGCCAUGUUCAUCUCAUCCGGAGCAGGACUGCUGUUGGAUGCAUUCGUGCAACGAUUCGAGGGCUUUGCACUCUUGGCCCCGGUCGUCACUGGACUACCUGGAGCUUGCGCAGCGAUCUUUGUCAGUCGGACAUCCACCGCUCUGCACAGCGGAAAGGGAGCUGCAGCCAACAUGAUGUCUCCGCGACGUCUUGCGCCCGUCAGGUCUUGGUCCACAUCCAGCAGCGGAGAGAUGUCGGUCAGCUCCAGAAACGGCAUCUCUCGUCUAUGGUCUCGCGUCACAUCUGCCAUCGCCUCGCUUCCACCACCCACAGAAGGCUGGCUAGUCCCGACAACGCUGUUCAUCAUUGGACUGAUCAUCGAGACGCUCUUCCUGGUCUUUGUUUGGGCUUCGGGCCAGAUGAGCUUUGGCUUGCCCUUUGCCAUCUUCUUUGUCAUCAUUGGCGCAUUUGGCUUUGUGGCCGCGCUCUUCGUCAGUCACGCUCUGACCAUAGGCUUGUGGUACAACGAUUACGACCCAGACAUUUACUCUUUGCCUUUCGUCUCGUCCAUCGUCGACGUGGUGGGCCAAGCGCUCCUCGUCACGACGUUCACCGUUGCUCUUGCUCUGGGCGACUCGGUCACUGCGGCUGUCAAUGCAGGCGAAGGUCACGGAGGCGCUUGAAUCGCGCCGUGUCACUCAUCCAGGUCGAUCCCUUAUAGUCACACUUCCAUUCGCCAUUGCUGCACGCAGUGUGCGAUGUUUCAUGGCACCACCCUCAGUUUUCUGUGCAUCCUGUAUCAAGAUCACGUCACCAUCAUUCUCACGAGUCGAGCUAAUGCCAAUUUCAAUCAACG